UUCCAUAAACAGGAGCUCCAUAUCCAUAUCCGAGCCCUCGUAUAUAUGUACACCCCGGGAUGAUUUCUUCCCACUGCCACUGGCCACUGCUGCCCUCCUCCUCGACUCUCUGUCUCGUCGUAGGUUGUGAAGAAAAGAAACCGCCAACAUGUCUGAUAAAAAGAUGUCGACGAGCCGCAAGCAUCAUCUAAAGAGUUUGAUGCUGCAGAUCGCGGCCAACUGGAUACAACAGGAGAAAAAGGACAUCGCAGCCGCCAAGCAGGCCUACAUGGCUGAGAAUUGUCCCGCCCCCAGCCUGAGCGGAGACCAGGCCGCCCUCAUGGAAACCUGCAGAAAGCUGCACGCCCUCAUCGACAAAGUGGAUGAAGAAAGGUACGACCUGGAGGCCAAAGUGGGCAAGGCUGAUAAAGAGAUUGAAGACCUGAAGAUCAAAGUGGUCGACUUGGCCGGAGUGAAGAAACCCGCUCUGAAGAAAGUGCGUAUGUCCGCCGACGCCAUGCUGAAAGCUCUGCUGGGCUCCAAACACACAGUCAACAUGGACCUGAGGGCCAACCUGAAGCAGGUGAAGAAGGAGGUGAAAGAGGAGCCUGCAGAGGCGGUCGGCGACUGGCGUAAGAACAUUGAGGACAAGGCCGACAGGAAGAAGAUGUUCGAGACUGCCUAAAGAAUUAAACUCUGCUCCUGUAGUUGCUCUCGGCUGUUAGCACUUUUUAUGGAAUUUGUGGAAUUUUUCAUUUAAUUGAAAUACCUUUUGUUUCAUUAAAUCUGUCAGUUUCA